AUGCUCCGAAUUAGAGGUAGAGCAAACGAAACUCCUCGUCCCGACACGUCAGUUAUCGCUUCCUUCCCAAAUGAUUGCAACUUACAAGAAUUGAAUAAGAUUGUCCGAGGGCUGAGAUUUUUGAUGGAUCUUCGGUCGAUAUGCAUCGCUUUUACCAACGGUGAUAUUUUCAUGGUUUCUUUAGAUGGAUCGAACGAUGUGAAUGAAUCGACAGAAAUGGUGGGUUCUAUCGAGUCCCUUAUAAAGUGUAUGGAGUGGAGUCCGGAUGAAGAAGUCGUGGUUUUCGUGACCGGAAACGACACGAUCCUUGAAAUGACCAAGGAUUUUGAUGUAAUCGCAGAAUUCCCGAUUAACGUCGAGGAAUUGGGAGAAGCUGUAAGUAUUAGUGUCGGGUGGGGCAAGAAGGAAACCCAAUUUCACGGUUCCGAGGGUAAGCUUGCUGCACAAAGAAUAGUUGACGUGUCAAACUUUAUCCUUUCCGAAGAUGAUGAUGCCGGGGCAAGGAUCUCUUGGUGUGGCGAUGGAAAUAUGUUCUGUUGUUCGGCAAUUGACACCAAUAGAGGACUUAGAAUAAUCCGAGUAUAUAAUAGGGAGGGAGUGCUGCAAUCAACCAGUGAGCCUGUGGACAGACUAGGACAUGUCUUAGCCUGGAGGCCAGCCGGAAACCUAAUUGCUUCAAACCAAAAACUUCCUGAUAAGCAUGAAAUAAUUUUCUUUGAGAAGAAUGGCUUGAGACAUGGUGAAUUUGCUCUAAGAGAAUCCACUAGUCAUAAGGUCAUUGAAAUAUUAUGGAAUUGCGAUUCUACGGUACUCGCGAUAUGGUUGGAGAGGGGUGCACCGCAAACCGAGAAGUCAUCAUGCGUUCAAUUGUGGAACAUGAACAAUUACUACUGGUAUUUGAAACAAGAAAUCCCGAUGAAAGCUGGCGAUUCUAUUACGAGCGUUUCAUGGGAUCCUGAAGUCGCUUUAAGAUUAUCUAUUACCACUCAGAGAAAAUGUCACAGGUUUGACUUUGCAUGGGACAACUUAUGUUGUAAUCUAAUUAAUGAAAAGAAUGCUGCUGCUGUGGCUGUCAUUGAUGGAUCCUCAGUUCAACUUACGCCAUUUAGAACCAUGAACGUUCCACCACCGAUGUUUGCGUUCUCGGUACAACUAAAUUCACCGGCAAUGCACGUAUCGUUUUCUCCUAACAAUGGUGGCAAUGAUUUUGCCGUACUCCAAGCCAAUCAGGAAAUCACUUUCUUUGAUUGGCGUGGAGCGAUGGAGAAACCCGCGAAACCUCCGACUCUGAUUGGAUCUAUUAAUUCGAAACUCUUUGAUCUCAAAAACGAGGGAUUCAUGAGGCAAAUCGCUUGGAUAGAUAAAGGAAUUCUGUUUUUUUUACAAUCCGAUCCUACCAACGGAUCUGAUGUUGUCUGUCAGAUAGAGGUGGAUCUUGAAAAAAAUCUGGAUCAGAGAAUUAUUUACCAAAAGUGCUUGAAUAAUGCAUUUGCGGUGAAAAGAUUACAUUGGGAUCACACACACAAGAUGAUGCACCUGAUGUCAAACGACGGGAUGGUGUGGGAUGUGAGAAUAAGGCUAGGUCAACCUGGUAAUUGCGAUUUUGAUGUUUCGGAGACCCCAUUUGUGAAAUUUCCGGAAUCUUGCACUUGGAUUGGAUCAACUAAAAUUGGAGCAGAUGAACGUACCGAAAAAGUAGUAUUGGGGAUGAGUGUAAACAACAAAUUAUACGCAAAUGAAAGCCUGAUUUCUUCCGAUUGCACCUCAUUUUUUGUUCACAACGAUUUUCUUAUAUUUACCACGUUGGGACAUGUGGCAAAGUUUUUGCCACUUCACGUGAGCCUCUCUGAUCUCAAGGAUCCGGCAAAUAUUCCUUGUGAUGAAACAGUACGCGAGAUCGAGAGAGGUUCAAAGAUUGUGUGCGCGAUAUAUUACGAUGCGUCAUUAAUCUUGCAGGUGUUGAUCAAAAAUGAGGACGUGACAAAGACGAUGUAUCCCCCUGUUGAUAAAAUCAGGAAUUCCAGGGACGAUAAUAGUUCAUGGGACGCAUCUGCAAAAGUUAAUACGAUAUGUGAUGCUAUUCGAGAAGUGCUUGAGACGUUGGACACAAGAACAUAUCUCCAAUCGAUAAUAACGACAUACGUUCGUCGAACACCUCCAGAUUUGGAGUCCGCGUUGGAAUUACUUGUGAAACUUAAAGACCGGGAUCCAAAUUUAGCGGAAGAUGCAAUCAAGUUUGCGAUAUUCUUGAUCGAUGCGGAUAGACUAUUUGAUGUUGCCUUGGGGAUGUAUGAUUUCAGCCUUGUGUUAAUGGUUGCUCAACAAUCUCAAAAGGAUCCAAGGGAAUACCUUGCCUUCUUGGCCAACCUCGAGAGUUACCCGUUGAAUUAUCAGCGAUUUAAAAUCGACGAUCACCUGAACCGAUAUGAGAAAGCAUUGCGGAACUUAAGUUUAUCCGGUGAGGAACAUUUCGAGGAUUGCUUGAAAUAUAUUGUUGAUCACGCAUUGUAUAAGUCAGCAAUAUCAAUAUUCGCAAACGAUCGGGAAAAGUACAAGAAAGUAAUCUCAAUAUAUGGAGAUUACCUUUUUACCGAAUCAAAUUUUAAGGAGGCUGGCUUAGCUUACACAUUGGCUGAGGACAGGCCGAAAGCACUCGAGUCAUACAAAGAAGGUGGAUUAUGGCGUGAUGCCUUUGCAAUUGCUCAGGAGUUGAACUAUUCGUCAGAUGAUUUGUUCGAGUUGGCCAAGGAUCUUGCCGAAUUACUAGCAGACAAGAGGAAAUAUCAAGAAGCUGCUCAAAUACUCUUGGAUUAUACAAAGCAACCAGAAGAAGCAAUAGAAUUGUUAAAUAAAGGUCAUUGUUGGAAAGAGGCUAUUCGUAUUUCUCGUGUGUAUAAUAGGGCGGAUUUGAUUCAGACCAAUGUUAAGCCAAGUGUCAUUGAGGUGAACUCAAUGUCGGAUCAACUGAAUCAACAAACAUUGCGACUGAAGGAGAUCAGAGUCAAUAAAUCCAAGCGAUCUCAUGAUUCCGAAUUAUUUAAUGAUGAAUCGUUAGAGAAUGUUGAUGUGUUUUCCGAUACAAGUUCUAUGGCAAGCGGAUUUACGCGCUAUACACAAUCGAAUACUCAAUUGAGCAUACAUUCAAGUAGAAGCAGAAAAAGUGCGAAAAGUCGUCGACGAGAAGAAAGGAAAAAGGCACGUGGUAAGAAAGGAAGUAUAUACGAAGAAGAAUAUCUCAUGGAUUCCCUGAAAAGGUUGAUUGAGAGGUUCAAUACAACUCAAGCGGAAAUUGAAAAUUUGUUAAGCUGCCUCGUGAGUUUGGGAGUAGUGAAAAACGCGCAACAAAUUCAAUCAAUAUUUUAUAAUUUGGAGGGACUAAUAAGAAAGAAUAUUGACGAGAUAUUCGAUGUUUCAUUGAUCACCGCCGUGACAACUAUAGAGGAUGAUACGGAAUCAUACGUGACCAAACCGCCUGCCACUAAAGUGAUUGAAAAGCCAAAAAUAAUCGAAACAAAUUGGAAAUUGCAAAUUAUAUGA